UUUAUUUUGAAGGUCUUGCUCCUCUGCUAAAAGUAGCAUCAAUCAGCUGAUCGCUCACAGCUGAGCUUUGGUGGUGCCUGGGAUACAAAACAUACGAAGUGUGGACAUCAUCUUGAAGAGCUGAAAGUCAUAUCGAAAGUUUAACCAGUCUAAAUAUUAAACAAACACAGAUAUGGCCCCCACACUGUAUGACGAGAAACCAGAAGUUGGGGACUUGAUUGAGAUAUUUCGAGGCUCCUAUCAGCACUGGGCCGUGUAUGUUGGCGAUGGCUUCGUGGUUCACUUGGCACCCCCCUCUGAGGUCCCAGGUGCAGGAGCCAGCAGUAUGAUGUCUGUCCUAACAGAGAAGGCCUUGGUGAAGAAAGAGGAGCUGUGGGAUGUGGUGGGAACCAACCAGUGGAAAAUCAACAACAGCCUGGACAACAAGUACAAUCCCCGCUCCGUUCACAUCAUUGUGAGGGAGGCCUGCUCCUUGGUGGGCAGCGAACUGCCAUACUGCGUCUUCAGGGGAAACUGUGAGCACUUUGCAAAUGAACUGCGCUAUGGAAAGGCCGAGUCCCGGCAGGUGCGUAAGGCAGGCGAAGCUGUCAUGGUUGCAGGCGUGGCGGCAGCAGUCGGUCUGGGUGUCUUGGCUCUGGCAGGCGCUUUGUUUGGAGGCAGCAAAAAAGAAAACAAGAACACGCAGUGAUUCAAAUUCCAAUUGCCUGAUGAGGGGCUUAAUAACAGAUCACCAGCAGAGCCUAACUGGUAAUUACCACUAAAAUAAGGCUUAAUCUGAUAGCUUACAUCUGUAAUAUCGUGGAGAAUUUGGGUGAGAUGUUUCCUUAACUCACCUUGAACCACCAUACUCCUGCCAUUUUGGCCUCACUUUGGAUAACAUAGUUUUGGAUUAAGGUCCAGUGAUUCCAGCCUUUUUUUAGAAUUUGUAAACUCAGCACCACAAAGAAUAUUCACACUUAUUCAGGUGCCAAGAUGAAGUGUGUCUAAACGUUUCAAUAAAAAGAUAUGGGGUUUUUGAAGAUGAUACUCUUUUGGAGUGUAGAAUAUUUAUUAAUUUAUAAAACAGUUUGCUGGUAGUUGUUUAUGUAGAAUGUUAGUUACUUUGAUCAAAUCUAAUGUCUCUUAUAUCUGAAUAAUGAUUAUUGGUCAAAACUUCUCACAUUUCCACAAAUAAGCCAUGUACUGUCAGAAGAUAUUGUGACUUUUAAUUGUUUCUAAUUGUUUAAAAUAAAAAACAAAAUAAUUACAACUCUA